UUGCAUGGAGAACUUUGUCAAACUAUGACUAUGUUUAGAGUCUUUGAUAGGAAAAAUCCCAGCUGUAUGGGUGAAACAGGUCGAUAGAUGCCAAUAUUAUAUUUCGCACCCAUCCCCAAACCCCUCACAAAUAAUCGAUUAUGGUAGUGGUGUUGUGAAGUCAAUAUAUUUCGCAACCCACGCGUCGUGGGGGAUUCCUACUCGUCCCAGUCUUCUUACGUUAUUUAUUCACGCCCUAUAUUGUAAGGUGAAGUAGUUUUGAAGUAGUGAAGUUACGAUAAAGUCACGCUACAAACUUAUGAUGGGCUAACAAGUUACGUUUACGUUAUAGCUGUAUAUGGUCACGUUUUGUAUAUAUUUAAAGAUAAAAUCAACGAUAUGGAGUUUCAUUCACGUCUACGCUCUACCGAAGCUAUGUUCAAAAUAUAAUGUCGCCCAACGCGGGGCACGGAAUACGACGAAAUCAUGGCCACUGAUACAGAAGGUAACAGUGGACAAUUAAAGAAAUUGUUAGCAAUACGAGGAGGAAAUAGAACCUCCAUUACGAAGCUUGAACGACAAGCCACGGCUCUUCUUGAAGAACUAAUUAAUGAAAAUGGAGAACAAGUCGAGAAGGUGAUUCGUUUAGAAACGGCACAAAAGUCUCUUCGAGAAAAGCAAACGUAUGUGAACGGACUAAACGAAAAGAUACUGGAAAUAUGUCCAGACGUUAAUAUCGAAAAAGAAAUCGAUGAAACGACGGAGCUGAAUUUCAGAAUCGAUGAAAUUCUGGGAAGGAUUCAAGCUUUUAAAGACGGUCGUUACGCUCAGACCAAUGCAUUCGGAGUUGGGAGUGGAACGACACAAAUUAUUACGUCAACGCCUUCCAGAGAAGCUGAAAACGUUGAACAAGCAACAAACAACGAACAUGGUCUCAAUACAAGCGGGGUUACCAUGGGUUCUGUUGCCAUUCGUCUGCCAAAAAUAACGCUCCCACGAUUUAACGGAGAUAUAACACGUUUCAUGUCCUUUUGGCAGAGUUUCGAGAAUGCCAUAGAUAAAAACGAAAGCAUAACUGCAGUUGAUAAGCUCAACUACUUGGUGAAUUUGUUGGAGGGUCCAGCAUACCGUGCAGUAUCAGGACUCGAACUGACGGAACAAAAUUAUUUAAAUGCAAUGGAAAUUUUGAAGGCAAGGUUUGGCAACAAACAACAAAUAAUCUCGACGCAUAUGCAGGCUCUCCUUGGACUACAAAACUGCCCAAACGAAAACGUGAAGCAAUUGCGCUUCAUUUACGACAGCAUAAAUGUACACGUAAGGGGGCUUGAAGCCCUUGGUAUGAGUUCUGCAAGUUAUGGCAGUUUAUUAGUACCAAUCCUUAUGGCAAGAAUGCCACGAGAAAUUACAUUGCAUGUCGCCAGAAAGACGACCGAGGAAGUUUGGCCGAUAAAAGAAAUAUUGGAGAUCGUCAAAAAGGAAAUUGAAGCCAGGGAACUGAGCGAUAACAUCAAGCCCGUCGAAAGGAAAUUUGACAAAACUUCAGGAUAUGGACCAAAAUCACCACAAGGCACUACGAAGACAUUUUUGACGAAAGACGAAAAAGUGCAAGAUUGUGUUUAUUGUGGGCAUGCACACUCUCCGUCAAGCUGCAAAGAAGUCCAGGAAAUAGCGGGUAGAAAAAAGAUCCUAUUGGAGACCAAACGAUGUUUUUCCUGCUUAAAAUCUGGACACAUGACAAAAAAGUGUCGGGAAAAUCGAAAUUGCAAAAAAUGUGGCAGAAAUUUUCACCACGAGUCAAUUUGCUACAAAGGAGCAAAACAAACGGAGGAAGAAACAAAAGUAACUACCAGUGUUACAGGAAAACAAGAAGUUUUGCUGCAGACGGCAACUGCGUAUGUUUAUGGGGCAGACAAGGCUCAGAGGAUGAAAAUCAAUGUUUUCUUCGAUAGUGGGAGCCAACGAAGUUACAUCUCUGAAGAAGUCAGACGAAAACUAAAUCUGGAAGUCGAAAGACAGGAAAACUUAAAUUUGAACACAUUUGGAACUGAGAAAUCAGUACGCAAGAAAUGUGACGUCGUUAAGUUAAUGUUAGAGACAGGAAUAGAUGAGACGCCAAUUUUGAUAAGCGCAAUAAGCUAUCAGUCUAUUUGUUCGCCUAUAAAUACGCGCAUAGACGUAAGCAAGUAUCAGCAUUUGAUAGGCCUUAAUCUAGCGGACAAGAAGCUAAGCGAGCAAAAUAGGCGCAUUGAUUUGCUUAUUGAUACGUCAGUUGGAAGGCCUGUCGAAGAAAAUGAGGAAAUAACACAAACGCUUCGCGAGUUUUGGAAACAAGAAUCAUCCGGGAUUGACAAGGGGAGUGAACCCACAAAUGAAGACAAACAAGACGAGCAAUUUGAAAUCACCUUUAAUGGUAAAAGGUACCAGGUAAGCCUUCCUUGGAAGGUUGAUAUAUCUUGCCUUAAUGAUGAUUAUAACUUGGCAUUAAAUCGCUUAAAAUCUUUGCUUUGCCGGUUAAAAGGAAACCCUGAAUUAUUAUCUGAAUAUGAUAACAUUUUCAAAGAGCAAUUAAAAAACGGAAUAAUUGAGCAAGUCCCUGUGGAGGAGGAGAAUCAGGGUAAUCCUCAUUUUAUGAGUCACCAUGGUGUAAUUCGACGAGAUCGUGAAACAACAAAACUUCGUGUUGUUUUUGAUGGAAGUGCGAAAUCGCACAAGGAAGCUUUAUCUCUUAAUGAAUGUUUAGAACUUGGUGAUAAUUACAUGCCGCCAUUAUUCGAUACGUUAUUACGUUUCCGCUCACAUGCCAUUGCUAUAAUAGCUGAUAUUGAAAAGGCAUUCCUUCAGAUUGAAAUUGAUGAAAAAGACCGGGAUGCUUUACGUUUUUUGUGGUAUGACGACAUUAGUAAGCCGAAUCCAACGGUUAUUCAGUAUAAGUAUUGUAGACUGGUGUUUGGUUUAAGACCAUCGCCAUCUAUACUGGGAGCCACAAUUAAGAAACACAUUGCUCAAUAUGCUAAUCGAUUUCCUCGUGUUGUUAAAGUGUUAGAUCGGCUUUAUGCUGAUGACUUAUCAUGUAGCACAAAUUCUAUUGAUGAGGCGUUAGAGAUUUUCCAUAAGUCACGGGAGAUUUUGUCCGAAGGUGGGUUUAACCUUCGCAAAUUUAAAACUAAUGACACAGCUUUGUUACAUGAAAUCAAAAAGGUGGAAGCAGGUAACGUAUCCAAUGGUGAUAAUGCGAAGGAGAUCAUACAAGAUGAUCAAUCCUUCGCUCAGCAAACAAUAGGCCCACCUCAAAGAGAAAAUAAUAACAAGGUCCUUGGAGUAAAUUGGGAAAGUAAAAAGGAUGAACUGUUUUUUGAUCUGGGGUCCAUUAUAGAACUAGCAAAAACACUUAAGCCCACAAAGCGCUCUCUUUUAAAGUUAGCAGCCAAGAUUUUUGACCCGAUCGGUUGUCUUAGUGUGUAUACCAUCAAUUUGAAAGUGCUCUUUCAGGAACUUUGCGUAGACAAAUGGGGGUGGGAUGAAGAGCUUACAGGAGAAGCAAGGGAAAAAUAUGAUCGUUUCAUUUCGGAAAUAAGUCGUUUAGACGGGAUUCGCAUGCCAAGAUGUUUUUUUGACCCAGGUAAAAUAGUAAGCCAAGUCGAAAUACAUGGGUUUUCAGAUGCCAGCGAGACUGCUUACGCUGGAAUUGUUUAUCUCCGCAUUGUGUACGAUACGGGGGAGGUAAGCAUCAAGUUUGUCACUGCCAAGGCCAGGGUUUGUCCUCUAACAAAACAAAGCAUACCACGUUUAGAGCUUUUAGGGGCACAGUUACUCGCAAAAUUAAUCAGCACAGUAAAAGGUACUCUUGGGGAGGAGCUUCACGGCACGCCUAUCAAAGUAUUUUAUUGGGUAGAUUCGGUUUGCACCCUUUGCUGGAUAAAGAACAAUAAGGUUUGGAAGCAAUUUGUACGCCAUCGCGUGUCGGAUAUUUUACGAACUUCAAGCCGCGAUGAAUGGUUUUAUUGCCCGGGAUCUCAAAACCCAGCUGAUUUACCGUCAAGGGGUAUAUUUGGUCGCAAGUUAGAGCAAAAUCUUUUUUGGUGGGAGGGUCCGGGGUUUCUAAAACAGCCACCCACAAAAUGGCCUAAGCAAGAAGAUAUUUUCGAAUCCGGUUCCGCUUUAGAGGAAAGAGUAAAAUGUAGCCCCAAUAUCACGCAUGCUAUAGCAACUAAGGAAAACGCCAAAGUUGGCAACGUUGUAGAUUUUGAAAGGUUUGGUUCUUACCAAAAAUGUGUCCGUAUAUUAGCAUGGGUACUUCGUUUUAUACAUAAUUUACGCGCAUCGUUAAAAAACAAUGCUUGUCAACGAGAAAAUCAGAUAAAUAUAGAAGAAUUUGCUAACGCAGAAAAUGUUCUUAUACGCUCAAUUCAAGGUGAAUUCUUUUGUAAGGAAAUUGAUUAUUUACAAUCAAAAGGGGACAAAAAACCCCCUUUGUACGUUUCGCAAUUUCAGCUCUUCGUAGACGAAAAGGGCAUUUUGAGGUGUCAAAGUCGUAUAAAAAAUGCAUCCGUCAUAGAGUCAAGCAUAAGACCAAUCUUAUUACCGAAGUCUCAUCAGGUUUCCAAAUUGCUUGUUCUCUAUUGCCACGAAAAAGUCAUGCACGAUGGAAUAAGGGAAACGUUAAAUCUUUUACGACAAAAGUAUUGGAUUCCUCGUGCAAGGGAAUUAGUUAAAAGUAUUGUACGCAAAUGUAUCACAUGUAGGAAAUUAGAAGGUUUGCCAUAUUCUACUGUAUUUUGUCCAGACUUGCCACGAAUGAGGGUCGAUGAUCAGCCCCCAUUUGCAAAUACAGGGCUAGAUUUUGCAGGUCCAUUGACAGUUGCAAGUAAAGGUAACAAUGAUGGAGAAGAGAAGUUUUAUGUCUGUCUUUUUACUUGUAUGUCGACAAGAGCAGUUCAUUUAGAACUUGUAGAAUCGCUCAAUGUCGAGUCAUUUUUACGAGCGUUUCGAAGAUUCACAGCACGUAGAGGUUUACCGUCUCUAUUGGUAAGUGACAACGCCAAGACCUUUAAGUCAGCUUCAAAGGAUGUAAAACAUCUUUUGCGUUCCCCUAGGUUAGGUGAAAGCCUUGAAAAGAAAGGAGUUAAGUGGCAAUUCAUAGUUGAUAGAAGCCCAUGGCAAGGAGGUGCUUGGGAAAGGUUAAUAAGGAGCGUAAAACGUUGUCUAAAAAAGGUAAUAGGUCGGUCAUACCUAACGCAAAUAGAAUUAAAUACCAUCUUGAUAGAGGUCGAAGCAGUAAUCAACUCUAGGCCAAUUACUUAUGUAUAUGAUGACACUGACGGUAUUUCAUAUCCAUUGACACCGUGUCAAUUAAUUAAUGGAAGAAAUCUAUCACUUUUGCCCCAAGACAGGUACUAUGAAAUGCUAAGUACAUACGAGGUUCUGUCAAAACGAGCCAAGUAUCAUAAGACUCUACUUCAACAAUUCACGAAGAGAUGGAAGAAGGAAUAUUUAACAGGUAUUAUGGAAGCCUAUAGACCGAAAGACAAACGGGAAGAGCCAGUCAUAUCGGUUGGAGAUAUAGUUCUUUUAAAGGAUGACGAUAAAAAACGCACUUUUUGGAAAUUAUGUAAAAUUCUUGAGUUGAUUGUAGGUACAGAUGGAAGAGUAAGAUCAGCAAAGAUCCAGAUAGCAGGUGAAAGGAGUAAGGGUAAAGUAUUCAGACGUCCCUUGAAAUUACUUGUACCUUUAGAAAUUGCAUGUAAGGAACCUAACACAGAAGCAAAUCAAGUCAACGCACCUAUAGCGCCUGCGCAGCCAGCAGAUAGAACUAUUACGCGAUCUAAGCGCGCAGCUGCAAAGUUAGGAGAGUUUCUUAGAAGAGACAAUAUGUAAAUAUUUCAAUAUGUAUACGCUUACAGUUUCAGCUUGCUUAAAAAAAAAUGUUCUUACGUUUUGUUGAUGAAUAAUGAUUAAUUAAUAUGUAUUAUUGUAAAUUGAGUGCAGGCAACUCAAUCGGGGGAGUAUGUUGUGAAGUCAAUAUAUUUCGCAACCCACGCGUCGUGGGGGAUUCCUACUCGUCCCAGUCUUCUUACGUUAUUUAUUCACGCCCUAUAUUGUAAGGUGAAGUAGUUUUGAAGUAGUGAAGUUACGAUAAAGUCACGCUACAAACUUAUGAUGGGCUAACAAGUUACGUUUACGUUAUAGCUGUAUAUGGUCACGUUUUGUAUAUAUUUAAAGAUAAAAUCAACGAUAUGGAGUUUCAUUCACGUCUACGCUCUACCGAAGCUAUGUUCA